AUGUCAAGGCCGCAACAACCCCAUGUAUCGGAAGCCUUGAAGGCCGAAGAUGGCAUAGCGGGGGCGACCUCACAGAAAGCGGCACUGGAAGCGGCUAUCACUGCCGCGGAGCAUUACAUGAAAGCCCUGCGGCUGGCCCCUGCCGACGAGAAGAAACAGCUUGAUUCCAAAUGCAAGGAAUUGAUCAUCCGAGCCGAGACGAUCAAGCGCGCUACUGACUGGAAAGCUGCUGCGGGGCCCCAACCCAUUCAGAGCUUAAGCCCGCCUGCAUCCACACGGAAGCUCACCACGCGGGAGGAGAUCAUUAUUCUUGAGGGCGCGAAACUGAAUGGCUAUAUCUUUCCACCCUGGAGUCGAGCCCCGAAUGAAGAUGAAUUCAUCCUGAAAGAUCGGCCUUUCACGGAUUCACCUGAUCUGCAUCUUUCCGACCUCCAGAAAGAUAUUUUUGCAGGAUGGAAACGACCACAUGAUUUAUUGAAGGAUGCGGCCACGCCAGGCACAGCUAAUCCAACCAUCUCAGCUUCAGGCCAAACCGAUCUGGUGCAAGAUGUCUUGACUGAUUGCUCGGUUGUGGCCAGCUUAUGUGCCACAACGUCUCGAUCAGAACGAAGACUUGGGCAGAAUGCGACACCGACAAUGUAUCCGUGCAAUGACGAGGGAAAUCCAGUACUAUCGCUGUCUGGAAAGUAUAUAUUCCGCCUAUACUUCAAUGGAUCCUUCCGGAGAGUGGUGAUUGAUGACCGGCUGCCUUCAUCCAAAACCUCAAGAUCACUGCAUGUGAUCGAUCGAAACAACCCCAAUUUUCUCUGGCCCGCUCUUGUCGAGAAGGCAUAUCUGAAAAUUCGCGGCGGCUAUGAUUUCCCAGGAAGCAACUCAGGAACUGACCUUUGGGUGCUGACCGGAUGGAUACCCGAGCAACUCUUUAUACACAACGCCGAUUUCACCUCCGAUGAGAUCUGGGAACGUCUAUACAAGGCCUUUUAUCAUGGAGAUGUGGUUUUGACCAUUGGAACAGGCAGUCUGACCGAGACCGAGCAACAAGGUAUGGGCUUGGUAGGCGAGCACGACUAUGCUAUUCUUGAAAUGAAAGAAUCUCAAGGGCGCCGUCAGUUCCUCUUGAAGAACCCGUGGGCUGGAGCAGAUCCACAUAUACCGAAUAAUCUUAAUCUUGAUCCCAGCAAAUCUCCUCUGGCCCCGGGGACCUUUUGGAUGGACUGUGAGCAGGUGUUUCAGAACUUCGAAAACCUUUAUCUGAAUUGGAACCCUGGGUUGUUCAAAUAUCGCGAAGACAUUCAUUUCACCUGGGAUUUGUCUCAUGGACGUGUUAUUUCCGGCUGUUUUGUGAAAAACCCCCAGUUCUCCCUCUCCAGCGAAGCCGGAGGGACAGUUUGGCUUUUACUUGGGAGGCAUUUCAAGACCGAUGAUAUUCAAAGUGCGACAGGAUUUAUCAGCAUCUAUAUAUUCCAAGCAGAUGGCCGAAGAGUGUCCCUGAGUGAUGGACAUCUCCACCGUGGUCCAUAUGUCGAUUCUCCAAAUACUCUCAUGAGGUUGGAAAUGCCUCCGAAGUCAAGGUGGACCGUGGUGGUCUCAGAGCAAUCUCUUCCAUCCUCUAGCCAAAACUUCACGCUUUCAGCAUUCUCGAAUUCUCCUGUGUCAGUGGCGCCGUCACUAGAUAAAUAUUUAUGCGUGACAAAGGCAACCACUUCAUGGACUGCAAUGACAGCCGGCGGUAAUGCCGAGUCACCUCGUUACCAUUCGAACCCACAAUUCAGCCUACAGAUAUCCGAGAGAACGGAUCUUUCCAUCUUGCUCGAGGUAGCAGAACCAGAACUAGCGACGCACGUCAAGUUAUUCUGGUCCAACGGCCAGCGCAUCUCACGAGUGCGAAGCCGAGAUAUCAUCGCAGAUAGUGGUGAAUACCGCCGGGGUUGUGCAUUGGCCGAGACGAAGUCCCUGGAGAAGGGCACUUACACCAUAGUCUGCUCCACCUUUGCAGCUGACCAGCUUGGCCGCUUCACGUUAUGGAUUUCCUCAACGAUCCCAUGUAUAGUGCAACCAUUGGCAUCCGAGUCCGCUGGACGGCGCGUUGUCUUAUCUGACGUCGGUGUUCUACCGCCCGGUCAAGAUCGCAUGUUGGCAUCGCUGCAGGUGUCACGCCUGACGCGAAUCAGACUCAUUGCGAGAAAUAAACAGUCUACGAUUGGCUCUCGUGCUGUGGCUCCGUCGCCUGUGCUGAUGACCGUGGAGCUGGGCCAAGGUCCAUAUAAAGAAAUUCUAGCCACCUCAGAGGACGGUAUUCACAGUGAUACGGUGUCCGGAGUUCGGGUAGAGGACUUCGAUCUAUAUCCCAACGGUGAGUCACGCAGUGUCUGGAUUGUGAUUGAGCGCAUUGGUGGACCAGGAGGACAAGUAGAAGACCAUUUCGAAGUUGAGGCGCUGGCAGAAGAGAAAGUGGAGAUAGGAACGUGGGUAAUUGAAGAUGAAUGA